AAGGGGCAGUAUUAUUAGAAAUAAUGAGUUGCAAGGUCAAUUUAAAAUAAGUUUGGAGAAGACAUCAAGAUUUGAGAAAACCUCAAAAAACAAAAAAUGAAGAGAUUUGUGAGUAAUAGAGAGAAUCUUAAGACAGCAGGUGCCUAGUGUGGAACAACCCACCACUGCAAAAGCCUCUCUGUAUUGUCACUCAAAACUACCCAUAACUCUUACUACCAAACAAAAACAUUGUCUUUUGCAACAACGAUAUUUCAAAGCCUCCCAUCAAACUCAACCCCAGAUCUCCAAGACCAAAAUCCCAUUUUCAAAUUGUCUUGCUUUUCACACCCACGUCGCUUUACCGAUGAAUCUAACACAAAAUGUGAGAAAGUUUUGAUUUUUUCUCCGCUUGCUCCUUUUUUUUCAAAAUUUCAGCCUACUUUUGUUUGCUUUACAAUGGAUUUCUUGAAUCUUUCUUCAUUACCUAGCUUUUUCUCAUGAGAAUUGGUGAAAAGAAAUAAGAGAAAGGCGAGAAGUGGGAUUUGUUAGCUUUGCUUCUCUGGGGCAAAAUAUCAAACAUGUUGUGCGCGUGUUCCGGAGAGCAAUUCAAGCUCGAAGAGGCAAUCCCGCAGUCUCCUGAAUCACUGGCCACGAGGGAUUUUUCUGCCAGUGGCAUCUCAUCGAGAACUGGAAAUGGUGAUUGGGAAUCCAAGCUCGAAGAUGCUCAAGUUGAUGAAGCCGAGUCCACGUUGAAGGAGGCACUUUCUCUGAAUUACGAGGAAGCUAGAGCGUUGCUGGGAAGACUUGAAUACCAAAGAGGCAAUUUUGAUGCUGCCCUUCAAGUUUUUCAAGGGAUUGAUAUCAGGCUGCUAUCCCCUAGAAUGUCCAAGGCCAUUACUGAGAGAACUCGACCACGAAAAUCACGGUCUUCCAGAGGCAGAAGUGUGCUGACUGGUGUAAUGUCGCUGCAUUCAGUCAGCCUACUUCUUGAAGCAAUGCUGCUCAAAGCUAAUUCUCUAGCUGAGCUGGGGCGUGUUAAAGAAGCCGCGAGGGAGUGCAAGAUUAUCUUGGACACGGUCGAAUCAGCUCUUCCUCACGGUAUAUAUGGUGAGGUGAAUGGAGAUAGUAAAUUGCUGGAGAUGUUUCACAGAGCACUCGAAUUGCUUCCCAAGCUAUGGUUACAAGCAGGGUCUCUAGACGAGGCGAUUGCUGCAUAUCGGAGGGCGCUGCUGAGGCCAUGGAAUCUAGAUCCUCAAAGACUGGCGAAAGUGCAGAAGGACCUAGCAGCCACAUUGCUCUACGGAGGUGUCGAGGCAAGCAUUCCUUCCGAGUUUAAACCUAUCGGAGCCACAUUCCCUGACAGCAGCAUGGAGGAGUCGAUUCUUCUGUUGUUUAUACUGAUGCAGAAGGUUGUUUACGGUGAAAUCGAGUGGGAUCCUGAGAUUAUGGAUCAUUUAACUUUCGCACUCGCAAUGUGUGGAGAAUUCGAGUCUUUGGCAGAUCACGUGGAGCAAGUUCUGCCUGGGAUAUACAAUCGAGCUGAGAGGUGGUACUUUCUCGCUCUCUGCUACAGUGCUGCUGGUCAGAAUAGGACAGCGCUGAAUCUUCUAAAGAAAGUGUCUGGAUUGUCGGAGAAUAACCAUAAGCCUCAUCUAGCAUCAUUCUUGCUCGGAUCGAAGGUCUGUGCUCUAGAUCCAGCCGAGUCUUUGGAAGGGGUGAACUUUGCGCGCAGAGUAAUUGAUGCCUCGAUAAACCAAAACGAGCAUAUGCUAGGCCAAGCUCAUAAGUUUCUCGGCAUCUGCUAUGGGAAUGCUGCGAUGAUAUCCAUGUCGGAUUCUGAAAGAGUCGCUCUACAUAAAGACUCGGUUAACUCCCUAAACCUUACAUUAUGCGCUGGGAUCAAAGAUCCGGAGAUCAGCUUCCAGCUCGGGCUAGAAAACGCGGUCCAGCGAAACUUGGCUUCAGCUUUCAACCAAGCCAUGACAUACUCAAAAACGAGUGCGGGAAGCUCAGCGAGAGGCUGGAAGCUUUUGGCGCGCAUUGCAUCAGCCGAGCAGAGGCUGGUGGAUGCAGAAGCCGUCGUUGAUCUUGCAUUGGAUGAAACAGAGGGCAUCGAACAGCUCGAGCUUCUUAGGUUAAAAGCCCUCGUUCAGAUCGCUCAAGAGCAACCGAAACAGGCUAUAGAAAGCUAUAGGAUCUUGCUAGCUCUGAUUCGGGGACAAGGUGAAAAUCCUGAAAAAAGCGCGAAUGAGGUGGAAGCUGAGAGGAGUCUCGAGUUAGAUGCGUGGUUAGAUUUAGCUCGACUUUAUUCGAACCACGAGCUAUGGUUGGAUGCGGAUAUCUGCAUUCGGAAGGCCAAGGCGAAGAAAUUCUACUCCGCUCGUGGCUGGCACGAAAGAGGGAGGCUUUUCGAAGCCAAACAACAAUAUCGAGAUGCGAUCGCGGCGUUCGCGGUUUCUUUGUCGAUAGUACCGGAUUACGUCCCGAGUAUAGUUUCUACCGCUAGAAUACUGUUGAAGAUGAGUGAUCGCUCGCUCCACAUUGCGAAAAGUUUCCUAAUGAGCGCGUUACGGUUGGAGCCCACGAGCCACGAGGCGUGGUCCAGCCUCGGGCACGUCUACAAGAUGGAAGGAUCGGUGCAGCAAGCAGCGGACGCGUUCCAAGCGGCGCAUGAGCUCGAGCUCUCUGCCCCUGUCCAAAGCUUUGUAUGACACCACACAUUCAUUUGUUCCAUAAAAAUUGAAUGCUAAUUUUGGUCAUAAAAGAAGCAAUUCUUUCAUUGCCUUGUUUUGAUGGUACGGUGAAAUAAAAUGAUGUCAAUAGGUGUGAA